AACAAGCAUAGAUGGUUCAUUUUGUUUUCAACAUUGAAGUUUUGAUCUGCAAGAUCUCUGGUGCUGAUUUUCGUCCAGCUUGUCAUUUGAAUUAUAGGCUACAAUAUGAUAGGAAUUAUUUUCAUAUGUUUGUUAUCUGACUUAGUGACAAUAAACGCUGAUUAUACGUUUUCGGUGACUAAGUCAGAAUGGGAUAACGUACCAUGUAGUCUUGUUACGAUUGACGACAUGUCCGAGCAAAAUGAAAUAGCCAAUGCACCGGAUAACAACGACGACAUGUGGAUUGGGCUUCAUAAGGUAGCGAACUCACCAGAAUUUACCUGGAUAGAUAAUACAGCACGGAAUUACAAAAAUUUCCAGCCAAGUGACCGACCCAGUAUUAGUGACCGUAAAUGUGUUUACAUGAGAGGAGGAAAUAACAACAAAUGGCAAUCGGAGGACUGUAAUACUCGUUUGAAAUACAUCUGCGAAACACGUAAGAUAAUUCAGAGUUACACAUUUUGCUACUAA